AUGCGGAUGAGCCCUCCGCCAAAUCCUGUUCCUACUUGGCUUCAGAAAGCUCAUGAUAACGAGCACAUGACUUUUGCUUUGAGGACGCUUGCAGAACGAGAGCAGACUCGUGUGCAAGCCCGUAGCUCAUCUAUUCCGCGUCCACUCUCUCGCAGAAUCACUCAUAUACCUUCUCAUACCGAAUCUCACCUCACCUCACAUUAUUCCACCGCAACCUCAUACCUUCCGCAGAACAAGCCUUUCAACCGCUACGCCGACGUAGCACCUUACGAACGAACUCGCGUGAUCGUUGAUGAUCGUUAUUUCAACGGCAAUUGGGUACGAGAGAACGCCGGAGGACACUGGGCAAUCGCGACCCAAGCACCACUUCCAACGACCACACACGAAUUUCUCAGCAUCCUCGCCGAUGCCGUCGUCACUCCUCCAGAUCCGACAUACCCUGGACCCGUGCGUAUCAGGACAGUCGUUCAGCUCACUCAGAACAUCGAGUCAGGGAUGCAGAAAGCCCACACUUACUUCCCAUCCAACCCCGGCGAGUCCUAUGUCGUACACUCCAGAAUCGACAAUACGCUUCCACCACUCAAGGUCACCCUACUGAAAGCAGAAUCCAUCGACUCUGCUCGGUGCCUCCUGAGCACUGUCUCUGUCGCCCCCGUCUCGUCGAACUCACCUCACGAAUCCGUCAUCUUCAAUCAUCUCCUCUAUCUGGCCUGGCCAGACCAUGGCGUUCCCAACGUUGAGGACAGGGCAGGGCUGCUUAACUUCAUUCGUCUCGUCGAUCAGACGAACAAACAGCCAUCUGGGCACCCCGAUCAGCCUGAAACCGAGCCCCCCAUCAUGGUGAACUGCAGCGCAGGAAUCGGUCGGACCGGGUCCUUUAUCGCCCUCUGUUCUCUCCUGCGUUCAUAUAACAUCCUUUCCACGUCUAAAUCCACCCCUGUGGAGUCUUCGAUGCCCCCACCUCCGCUUCCUCAAUCGCCGCUCGGACCCCUACCUGAGUCCUUGCAGUGGGAUCAGGUUGCGCAGGAGAUUGACCAUUUGAGAGAACAGCGGCCAGGCAUGGUGCAACGUCCAGAGCAAGCUUUACUCAUUUAUGAGUUGCUUAUCGCGGCGUUCAAUCCAUGAGGCAAGGACGGAAGAGGAGGGAAGGACGCACAUCUGCGAUGGACAAUCAUUGUCUCCGAUGUUUUGUUUGGACGUCAAUUGUAUGUUUUCUUUCGGGCAGUAUAGCUAUCUCCCAAGUAUAUCCGUAGCCUGUACACAGUAGACUGUAGUUGGAAAUGCCAU